AUGUCUCCAGAAAGUUCCGAGUUUGAUCACUUCAAAGCACUCCGUUGUCCGCCGUUGUGUUUUCCCUCCAGGCCAGCUCACCUCUCCCCCGCCGAGCCCCAGCCCCUCCCUCACCUCGGCGCCCCUGUCACCCGGCACAGGCCGCCGGCCAUCACCCCCUCCUCUCGGCUGAGCGAAGGCCUCGGCAGCGAUCCGUCAGCGGCCCUCGGUUUCCCGGGUCCGCUGAAGACUCCGAGAACGAGCUCACCGAGCUCUGUCUUUGCUUGGCUUGUGUUACAGAAUAGUAUGGUGCUUUCUGCUGCUAUCUUCGUCAUGCUGAUUGGCCUGAUCAUGUACCUGCACUUCACAACCUUCAUUGAGAUGAGUCAAGUGAAGGAUGUGGUUAUCAAUGAAGCCAUCCACAUGCAAAAAGUUAUCUACUACCUGUGCAUCCUCCUCCAGGACCCUCGAGAUCCUCAGGGAAUAUCUGAGGUUGUGCCACUUUUUCAGAGUUCCAAGCCACGUCUGGACUGCUUGAUAGAAGUGUACAGAAGUUGUCAAGAAAUCCUGGACCAGAGGAAGACAGUUCCACAAUGA